AUGGCCUUGUCGUCGACCGCCGCCGCCGACUAUGCUCUCCCGGUUGUGGUCUUGAUAAUCGGGGCUGCUAGUCUUGUCUACUUGUUCGCUCGAAACAUGUUUGCCCACGACGGUCGUGAGCCGCCGGCGGCGCCCCAGGCAAUCCCCGUCAUCGGCCACAUUGUCGGCAUGGCGCGGACCUCAUUCAACUACUAUGUCGAGCUCAGCCGGCAGAUGCGUGGCGCACCAAUAUUCACCGUGCCGCUACCGGGCCAGAAGAUGUACGUCGUGACAUCGCCCGAGCUGGUGCAGGCGGUCCAGAAGCAGCACCGCGUGCUGGCCUUCCCGCCCAUCGAGGCCAAGUUCGCCGCCAAAAUCUGUGGUACAAGUCCCGAGGCGCAGGCUCUAAUGCAGAUCAACGUCAACGGCGACUACGGCGACCAUGGUCUCACGACGCAGUCGUACACGGCUAUGCGCGCUGCCCUCAAGCCCGGGGACCAACUCGACGACAUGAACCGCGUCAUGAUCAGCGAGAUUGCAAAGUUGCUCGAGAUUUUGCAGUCCACAUCCAACACGCAGUCUCGCCAGCUCGGGCUCUACGCCUGGCUCCGCGAUGCCAUCACGACAGCCACCACGCGGUCAGUCUACGGGCCCCUGAACCCGUACGACGACCCCGCUGUCGCCGAAGCCUUCUGGGACUUCGAAAAGGGCUUGAUGACGAUACUGGUUGGCAUUCUACCGUCCAUCACCUGCCGCAAGCCCGUGGCAGCACGGAACAAGGUGGCCAAAGCUUUUGAGGCAUACUACUUGGCUGGCGGUGUGGAGAAAGGCUCCGCACUGGCCCGGAACCGCUAUCAAGUCUCCGCAGAUCACGGCGUGCCGCUCGAGGACAUUGCCCGCUUUGAGGUAGGCGGGUCCAUGGCCAUCUUGCUGAACACGACGCCGGCGGCCCUGUGGACGCUGCUUUUGCUGCACUCUUAUGACGAUGGAAGUCUGUUGGAGGAUAUCCGGGCCGAGAUUGACGCGUGCACCGAGACCAGCACCGCAGACGACUACGGACAGACCACGGUCAAAGCGCUCGACAUUGCCACCCUCAAAGACAGCUGUCCGCUGCUGCUGUCGGCAUACCAAGAGGUGCUGCGGUACCGCACCAUGGGCACGUCGGUGCGUGAGGUCAUGGAGGACACGCACCUCGGGGCGUGGCUGCUGAAGAAGGGCGCGAUGCUGCAGAUGCCGAGCCGCGUCAUGCAUCAGGACUCGAGCCUAUGGGGUGUCAACGUCGACGAAUUCUACCCCCGGCGCUUCCUGGUCGACGAGAAGCAGCACCGCCCGCGCGGCGACGUGUGCUUCCGCGCCUUUGGCGGCGGCAAGACGCUGUGCCCCGGCAGGCACUUUGCCACCAACGAGAUCCUCGCCCUCGUGGCCGUCUUUAUCGCGAGGUUCGACAUGAAGCCCGUUGGGGAUAAUGGCUGGAAGCUCCCCACGACGACAAACACCAAUGUGGCGUCGGUCAUCAUGGAGCCCGACUACGACGUCCAGGUCGACGUCCGGACACGUCCGGGCAUGGAGGGCGUCAGGUGGGAUAUCGGACUCCGCAAAUCAGACAAGAUCUUUGCCAUGGUUACUGAGGACAACGCCGAGCUAGGGGGCUGA